UUUUGGGGGGGGGGGGGGCGAUCUGUCACCGUUAAAGAUCUAACGAUACGCCUAUGACACGCGAUAUGAGAUGAGAGGGUUCGAAAACCUCACCUGAUAUGAACAAAUUAAAAGGUUUGAUACUAAAGUAACACGGGUGAAGUCCUAAUUUGAGUUCUGAAUUAAUGAAAAAAAAAGGUCCUAAUUUAGCGUUUAGCCAAAACGACGUGUUUUGAAUUUUCACUUGCUUUCCAAAGGGGGCUGCCCGACUACAGCGCCAGCGACUUAACAUUCCCCCUCUAAGCCCUCGUGCCGCUGGCGAGCUCCGCCCCUCAAAUCGUUCUCCCUUUCCCCUCCUGAUUUUCUUUUUUUUUUUUUUCUCUUUCUUCCCUGACUUCUCCCAACACCGGUGACUUCGCUAUCUUCUAUCUCAACACCUCCGGCCGACGCCCUCCCUUCUCCACUACUCCGUCUUCCCUGACUUCUUCCUUUUUUUUUUUAUCAGAAUUUUUUUUCAGGUAUUCCAAGCAAUUAAAGAGCUCAGUUAAAGAAGUUUGGAGUUAGCAUUAAUUGGAGGGGCAUCUUGCAUUGAAUCUCCAAUGAACUUUUAACUAGAUAAAUGGAGGAAUCUGAGAAAAGAAAGGAAAGGUUGAAAGCAAUGCGGAUGGAAGCUGCUCAUGCUGAAGUGUCUAAUAAUGUUGAGACUUCUGCAAUGCCUGGUUGCCUUUCUAAUCCAUUGAGUGGGACAUCGUCAAGAUUGACAAUGGAGGAUGACUUUUGUGCAAUUCCGCGCUUUGACUACUACACUGACCCUAUGGCAGCAUUUUCUGCUAACAAGAAGAGGGGCAAGGGUGAUAAUCAGACUAUGUUAGAAUCUUUUCCAUCUCCAACCAGCAGUGGCUGGCCAACGGCAAGGCCUUCACCAUCCCAUCCUGGACCAAGGAACUCUGAUAGGAAUCUGCCCGUCCUUCAUAUGCAAAGCCAGUUUUCACUUGAUCAGCAUAUAUACCAACAAGGUCCAUAUGGUGGUUUUACUGCCCACAGAAGCCCAAGAAUAACAAGUCCACCCAUGCAUCAAAGUCAUUCUGAUGCUUGGAAUGGAUCCCAGGCCACUGCUAAUUCUUAUAACUAUUCUUCUGAUGGAAGGCCGAGAGGAAUGUUUGGUACUCCUCCUAUGCAUCCUAGAACUUCUCCUAGGGUCUGGAAUCCUUCUAAUGCACCAGGAUCUCGCAAUUUGCCCAGCCCUGGCUUUUCACCAGCAUAUAGCCCUAAUUUCAAUUAUGGAAGAGGCAGGCCUCAAAUGUUUGGUAACAGUCCAAUACUUGAUUCAGGACCUGGAGAUAGUCCUGGUUUCAGUUCAGGAAGAGGCAGGGCCCGUGGAUAUGGUGGCAGCAUCAGUCCUGGUAUGGGAAGGACUGGUGGACGAGGACAAGCUUUUCAUGGUCGAAGCUCAGCAUCAAACAGGACAUUGGGGGCAGAGUGUUUCUUUGAUGAAUCCAUGUUGGAAGAUCCUUGGCAACAUUUAAAACCUAUUCUAUGGAGAAGACAAGAAGCUGGAAUGGAUAGUUUGAGUACCCCAGGCUCUUCAAAUUCCCGGCUUCCAAAAUCCAUUGGCGUAAAAAAGGCAAAAGUUUCUGAGGCUUCUAACAAGUUUAAUUCUCAACCAAGUCUUGCAGAGUACCUUGCUGCUUCAUUCAACAAAGCUGUUGAGGAUGCACAAAAUGCAUGAAAGUUGCUCAUAUCACCUAGGACAGCUACUCAUUGUGCUUUCUUGCGAUGGAAGGCCAUGUAGAAGAGAUUUGUUAUGACCAUUUAGCUGAUAAUUGGAUGCCAAUCUUGAUAAUUGAGGAUGGAGCUGGCUGAAGACCUGAAGGAGUUUCCAUAACCACAUAGGAUGUGUGUGUGUGUGUAUAUAUAUAUAUUUGUUGCAUAAGUAAUAGGGGACUGCGCAAUGAGAGGUAGUUAUUUUCCAUUCUCAUAAAUUUCAUCUCAAAACGAAGAUCAAGUUUUACACUCACUGUUAUAACCAUCAGAGAAGAUUGUAUAUCAACUUUAAGGAAGCUUCAUGUAUUUGGGUUUUCUAGUAGGGGAGUGUCUGAUUCUACCAAAGAGAUGUAUCUUAGUUUUGUUUGCAAUAACAAAAGUUGCUUUUUCCAGUUAAA